AUGCGCCCCCGCGCCGCCCCCCGCGCCCCCACCGGCGCCGCCGCCGCGGCGCUGGGGCUCUUUAGCUUCCUGCUGCUGCUCCGGCCCGGACACGCGUGCCCCGCGGGCUGCGCCUGCACCGACCCGCACACCGUGGACUGCCGCGACCGCGGACUGCCCAGCGUGCCGGAUCCCUUCCCCCUGGACGUGCGCAAACUGCUGGUGGCUGGUAACCGCAUCCAGCACAUCCCCGAGGACUUUUUCAUCUUCUACGGCGACCUGGUCUAUCUGGACUUCAGGAACAACUCGCUGCGCUCUCUGGAGGAGGGUACGUUCAGCGGCUCGGCCAAGCUCGCCUUCCUCGACCUCAGCUACAACAACCUGACCCAGCUGGGCGCCGGCGCCUUCCGCUCGGCCGGGAGGCUGGUCAAGCUGAGCCUGGCCAACAACAACCUGGCGGGUGUGCACGAGGCCGCCUUCGAGACCCUGGAGUCGCUGCAGGUGCUGGAGCUCAACGACAACAACCUGCGCAGCCUCAGCGUGGCCGCCCUGGCCGCGCUCCCCGCGCUGCGCACCCUGCGCCUCGACGGGAACCCCUGGCUCUGCGACUGCGACUUCGCCCACCUCUUCUCCUGGAUUCAGGAGAACGUGUCCAAGCUGCCCAAAGGCCUGGACGAAAUCCAGUGCUCCCUGCCCAUGGAGAACAGGAGGAUAUUCCUGCACGAGCUGUCAGAGGCCAGCUUCAGCGAGUGCAAGUUCAGCCUCUCGCUCACAGACCUGUUUGUCAUCAUCUUCUCCGGCGUGGCCGUGUCCAUCGCUGCCAUCAUCUCCAGCUUCUUUCUGGCCACCGUGGUGCAGUGCUUCCAGAGGUGUGCCCCCAACAAGGACACUGAGGACGAAGACGAGGAUGAGGACGACUGAGCCACCCCCAACCCUUCCUCACUCUCCUGAUCCCCAGCCGGUGGCUCCCCUCUGAGAAGAGAGGGAAAUGCUGAAAGGGAGGAGAACUGACCAUCAGUGACCAGAGGAGCGCAUGCUCCGAGCCUGGCCCCUGGGUGCACCUGGUGAGACCUCCGAUCUUGGAGUUUAGAAUCCGUAGAGUGGAGGAGCCGAGGAAGGAUUCCCAGAGAAGAGCCUGCCUCGUGGCUUGAGAUGUGUGCGCCGGGCGAA